AUGAUACUGACCACCAGGGUAACAUUGUCUCCGAGGGUAAUGGCCGUGGGAAAAGACCGAUCCAUCGUGCUGGCUGCCACAGUUAUUACCCAUGGGGAGGUGUUCUCCACCGUCUGAGGAAACGGACCAUCGUUUCCGGCUGAGUAUACCACGGUGAUUCCCUUAAGCACAGCCUGCAGGGAGCCCCACGAGUCUUCUGGGGUGCGCAACGAUAAGGAGAGAAUGUCCACGCCGUCAUGUAUGGCGUCGUCAAUCGCUGCCAGCACCGAUGCGUAA